AUGAGGGCCUCCUUUAAGACAGCAUGGACAGCCAUGUUUGGAUGUAUAUGUUUGCGAUUUUCAAAAUAUUACAUGUCCAAUAAUUUAAUGUAUUGUGUCAGCGCGCCGUGA